AUGCUUGCUUCAGUUGUGGUCAGAAGAGACAUUUCAAGAGGGAGUGCCCACAGAGGGGGAGCGGAUCACGUGGUAGUACGGGAUCACAGUACAGGCAGUCACAGUCAUCCGUUGUCCGGUCUGGAUCCAGAGUUCCUCGGACACCACAGCCUGCAGCUUCAGUUCAGGGCCCACGACCGGCUGGGGGCUCUACAUCUAGUAUGUCUUCACAGCAGUCAGGGUAUCAGGGUGGUGGAUAGUAGGGUUCAGGGGUGCAGGGCAGAGCUUUUGCUCUUCCUCAAGCGGAUCACAUCCUUGGAUGGGGUUCUUUGUGUUGACACACCGGUUAGGGGACCAGUUACGUUGGAUAGGAUUUGUCGGGGUUGUGCUAUUGAAAUUGCCGGGCGGACAUUGUGGUUCGACUUCAUUCCUCUUGAGAUGACGGGUUUUGAUGUCAUUCUUGGGAUGGAUUGGUUGUCCUUUUUUCGAGCCACCAUUGAUUGCUUCCGAGGGAGGGUGACCAUAUGUACUCCCAAUGGAGAUUGUUUUUACUUUGUGGGAAAUCGGAGUAAUUCACACAUUUUAACCGUUUAUGGUAUUGGUGAUUGGGGUCGUCACAGGUUUUACUUGGCCAGCCUUUUAGCCGAGGAAGAAUGGAGUCUGGGUGAUAGUUUUCCAACAUUGGUUGGUGAGUUCGUUGAUGUCUUUCCGGAGGAGUUGACAGAGUUGCCUCCCAUACGGGAUGUUGUGUUCGCGAUUGACGUCAUACUCGGUACUGCGCCCAUCUCUAUGGCGCUGUAUCACAUGGCACCGGCAGAGUUGAAUAAGUUGAAGAGCCAGUUGGAUGAUUUGAAAGUAAAAGGCUUCAUUCACCCUAGUGCUUCACCGUGGGGAGCACCGGGAGCUAAGUGUUUUUCGAAGAUAGACUUGAGGUCGGGCUACUAUCAGUUAAGAGUCAGGGAUGAGGAUAUCCCUAAGACCGUUUUUCGCACACGUGCCUAUCUUGAUGAGUUUGUGGUGGUAUUUGUUGAUGACAUACUCGUGUACUUAUCUUUGGAAGAGGAGCAUGAGUCUCACUUGAGAACAGUGUUGCAGACCCUUAGGGAUAACCGGUUGUAUGCUAAGUACGAGAAGUUAGGAGGAGUUUCAGUUGAUCCUUCGAAAAUUGAAGCAGUGAUGGAUUGGGAGCGUCCGAAGAGUGGAAUCAAGUUUGUAUGGAAUGAGGCUUGUGAACUAGCCUUUCGGGAGUUGAAGACUAGAUUAACUACUGCUCCAGUUUUGGUGAUUCCUGAACGUGGUUUGGGUUAUGUGAUCUAUUGUGACGCUUCACGGGAUGGUUUGGGUUGCGUCUUGAUACAGACAGAACGGGUGGUUGCUUAUGGGUCUAGACAGUUGAAAACUCAUGAGCAGAACUAUCUGAGUUAUGAUUUGGAGUUGGCGUAUCACCCAGGAAAGGCUAACGUUGUGGCAGAUGCCUUGAGUAGGAAGUCAUAUGGAAACUUGGCUAGCAUUGCCAUUCGGGAAUGGAAAAUGAUGGAGGAUUUUGCAGAGAUGGGUCUGUAUUUCAGUGAUGAUGAUGCACCAGCUACUUUGUUUAGUCUUGUAGCUCAACCAACCCUUGCUAGCGGGGUAAUUGAGGCACAAAAGCAGGAUAACGAGAUAGAGUCCAUUCGCACACGGAUUUCAGGUGGCGAGUCUGUGGAUGGUUGGACAUUACAUUCAGAUGGAGGUCUUAGGUUCAAGGGAAAGAUGUAUGUCCCUUUGCCUUGUCGUGAUAGUGUCCUUCAGGAUUUUCACCAUUCUCGACUUGCAGUUUAUCCAGUGAAGGUCGAGCAUCAGAGGCCAGCGGGUUUGUUGCAACUAUUGCCAGUAGCGAAGUGGAAAUGGGAGCACAUUACCAUAGAUUUUGUGACGGGACCUCCGAGGUUAAAGAAAGGGAAUGAAGCCAUUUGGGUCAUAGUCGACAGGUUGACAAAGACAGCUCACUUUUUGCCUAUACAAGUAUCUGAUGAUGCAGAGAAGCUCAGUAAGCAGUAUGUGGGGCAGAUUGUCGGGCUCUAUGGGGUUCCUUUUGCCUACAACAACAGUUAUCAGGCCAGCAUUAAGAUGACACCUUUCGAGGCAUUAUAUGGCAGACCUUAUAGAUCUCCAGUUUGUUGGGCCGAGGUGGGAGAGACAACUACCCUGGGUCCCGACAUUGUUAUUGAGACCACGGAGAAAAUUAAGUUGAUUCGACAACGGUUGGUCAAGGCUCAAAGUAGGCAGAAAAGCUAUGCUGACAAGAGGAUGAGACCUUUGUCCUUUGAGAUGGGAGACCAUAUUUUUCUUAAGAUCGUUCCACGCAAGGGAUUAAUGCAUUUUGGGCGAAGUGGGAAGUUGUUUCCUAGGUUCAUUGGGCCAUUCGAGAUCUUGGAUUGCAUUGGUGAGGUUGUGUAUCGCUUGGCGUUACCCCCACAUUUAGAGAAGGUUCACAAUGUAUUCCAUGUUUUUAUAUUAAGGAAGUAUGAGCCAGAUCCCUCACACAUUUUGAGAUGGGUCGACAUUGAGGUUGAUGAGAAUGCAACUUACGAAGAGGGCCAGUGUAGAUUCUCGACACUAGGGAGCAAGUGUUGA